UUGUGCAGACAGUACAAAACGUGCACAGCAACCCCUACAAGUAGCUUUUGUGUUUUGUGCGUGCGUGCGUGCCUUUUGAUUUUACUAGCUGUGUAAUCAGAUGUUCGAUGUUAGUCGAGGGCUGCUUUCGAAGGAGAAGUUUUCUUUGAGAACGUUUUGUUCCCGAGGAGCAUUGCUGUUUCGUUGUACCUGCCGAGGAGCAAGAUUUGUGCUAUCCGCUCACGUGGAGCACUGGCCAGGUUCUACUCCCUUCUGAUACUGAUGACUAACACGGCGUUCUUCGACGUUUUUGUAGGCUGUGGCCGUACUUGCUCUCUCCUGGUGUACCCAGAGUGGUGCCGAGCGCAACACUGAGUUCGAUCUUGCGUUGCUGCACCUGUUCGAAUUCUUCGGUGCCUAUGGGGUAGCUGCAGUAUCUUCGUUGGAGCUCCCUGGUCGUGGGGUGAUGUGCUGAUCGUGCCGUGUUAAUUCCGGUGUUAGCAGUUGGGUGCACCGUCACAUUUUGUCUGUUUCAUUGCCAAGAGGAGAUAGGGAGUGACCAUUUCGACUUCAAAGAUGACGAACAAAACUGGAACCCUAAUGGAGUCCUCAUUCAUUGAGAAGGGCUUGGUCCGAUUCCUGAUCACGGAGCGCCCAAAGGAGCGAAACCUCACAGACUAUGUCGGAGAGUUGCUGAAGUACAAUGUUACUGACGUUGUACGCGUCUGUGAACCAUCUUACACCACAGAUAAGCUAUUGGAAGCCAAUAUCCCAGUUCAUGACUGGUACUUUGAUGAUGGCAGCGCCCCUCCUCCGGAGAUUUUGAGCAAUUGGCUGGAGCUGAUUGAGAAACGCUUUGGAGAGGCAUCAGAUAACUGCAUUGCCGUUCAUUGCGUUGCCGGACUUGGGCGUGCCCCGGUUAUGGUGGCCAUUGCUCUGAUUGAGUCCGGCAUCAAGUAUCACGAUGCAGUGGAGUUCAUUCGCGAGCGCCGCAAGGGAGCAUUCAACAUGAAGCAGCUGCAGUUCCUGGAGGCCUACAAGCCCAUCAGCCGCAAGAAGAAGAAGAAGAAUGGAGAGGCGUGCCUGGUCAUGUAACCGCGUUACUGCGCACCAGCCAGCAUGCGUAUCAGGGGUGCCAGCAUCAAUAUGGAUCUGCCCUCAUAGGAUUUUGACUGUGUAGAUUCAUUACCAGACACCCUCUAGCUCUGCCUAGGAGAAAGAUUCGGCUUUUUCAUAUGCAGUGCAACAGAUUAUAACCGUAUCCUGGGCAUCGCACUUUUAUAGGUUUUUUAAUAGGUACAACCAAAAAGAUUGCUUUCAUUCCAGAUUCAUAAAACUUGGCACAAUAACUUAAUUUGUCUGUUCAUGAAACGGUCUAUAUCAUUUUUACAGAAAAAAUUCUCCAGCCUAAGAAUAGAUAUUCUCGCUCUUGUUGUCCUUUUUAUAUGUAUCGUUUGCUGAUCUAUGGUUUCAUGAGCUUCUCUCUUGACCUGGUUUCUUGAGUACUUUACUAGGCUUUCAUGUACACAGUGUCACGUAUGUGUUUCCUAUCUAGGAGUACCGGCUUUUUUGUCAUCCCGUUCCUGAAUAUGUAUUUUAAUUUAAUCAUCUCAUCCUGACAUCUGAUCUGACUGCUUUUUGAUUUUGAUUUUGCCUCA